UUUAAGUGAAGUAAUAUUCUUACGACACUUACGUGCACAAGGGAAUGAACUGGGAUGUUAACCGUUCGGGAUCUCCGUAAUGCUCCGUGCUCCUUUUGCUGCGCACACCACUGCAGCGGGCAAUUAUAUCGGCUCUCCACGGUGGAGUUGUGGAAAAAAGCUGUACGAAAACACUUCUGGUUCGAGGACGAAAUGCUCAACGACUUGUGGAUGUGUUCGAUCUGCUGGCAGCGAGUUCACGAUUUCAGCUCGUUCUACGACGAAGUGAAGGAACGGCUGAAAACGCAUACAAAGAGCACCGCAACGGGCACACUUUCCAGAACAAUUGACAUCGAAGUAUUGCUCAAGGAAGAGUGUAUUAGCGACGCAGAAACCGUACCCUCUAUUCAUGCCCAUGACGAAGAUGCUUUGCACGAUCCACUCAACACUGCGCAACCCGAUCGAGGCGCUGUCGAGGACCUAUCAUCCGCCACUAGAAUUCGCUCGACUUUCGACGCAAGUAAAGCUGAUAAAAGGCACAAAACAUCUCCGCAUAAUUGCUCCGCAUCGACAGAGAUGAGUGCUACGGUAAACGAUAGCCUCAAAAUCACAGCCGCCGAUAUUGGGAACCACUACUCCUUACGGUGCAGCGAUUGUAAUGCCAACUUUGCCACGUUUGGCGAUUUACAGAAGCACUGCAAAUCGCUACACGACACCGUCGCUUUCGUGGAGUGCUGCGAUCGAAAGUUUAAACGAUACACCAACAUCCGGGAGCACAUUGUUUACCACCGCGAUCCGAACGCCUUCCGGUGCAAGGAGUGUCCACGUACGUUUUCCACCAGCCGGUACCUGCACCAGCACCACUCCCGAACGCAUCUUGCGUUCGAACAAAAACGCCAUCUGUGCGACAAAUGUAGCGAUCGCUUCGCCACCCGUUACAUGCUGAUGAUGCACGAACGAACGCAUUACCGUGAGUCCGCGGAAACCGCAGAAGCGGCUGCACCGGCACCGAAACACGAACCGCAUCCAUGUGAACAAUGUGCAAAAGCGUUUUCCACGUCGGCCAAGCUGGAGAAGCACGUGAACCGCGUGCACCGGCGGUCGGACUCCAGUUCGAAGAUGUGCGACAUUUGCUCGAAGAUCCUGUACAACAAGUACAGCCUGGAGAAGCACCGAAGGACACACUUUAACGAGCAUCCGACGGUCCAGUGUACGGUGUGUGGCAAGUGGUUGAAGAACGAAGAAACUCUGCGCAUCCACCUAUCGAUGCACCGCCAGGAAAAUAUGGAGUUUAUCUGCACGUUCUGCAACCACCGGUCACCCAGCCGGAUCGCACUCCGCAGCCACGUGCUGCGCAAUCACGAGAAGAAACGCACCCACCAGUGCUCGUUCUGUGAGAAGGCAUUCGUGCAGGCCAAUUUGCUGAAGGAUCACAUAGCGACGCACACGGGCGAGUAUCUGUACCACUGUAAGUUCUGUGAUAAACAAUUUAAAUGUAACUCAAACAUGUCCAAACACGUGACCCGGCUCCAUCCGUUCGAGUGGGCUGAGUACAAAAAGCGCAAAAAUAUGCCACCGGAGGUCAUUUGCGAGACGGAGCAGCGCAAAAAAACGGUGAACAGAUCCUGAAGUGAUUAAAGAUUGACCGUGAGCCUGAGCCGUGAACCUUGCAAAGCGAUUGAAAAAUGUUUUGCUCUUGCUGAUUUCGGUGAAGCAAACAAA